CGCCUCCUUCGCAAUAUCAACUUCUUGCAUAAUUUACGUAGCACCUCUCAAUUCACUUUCAAAGUUCGCUGAUUUAGGUGGUCUGGUUCUUCGAAAGAGUGCUUCGUCAUGCAGUGUCCGUUCCUUAACCGAUUUACGGCUAGCUUUCUGCGCAAUUACGCAGAGGUGCUGACCCAAUCUUACGCGAUGUACUGCCCCGUGGUGGGCAAAACUCUGAACGCGGGCGAGAAGAAACUUUCACUCGUCGCCUCGCUGCCAUAUGCCUCGACUGCCACAAGGUCGUACUCUACAUCGACGGAAGGCAGUCGCUUUGCGGUGGCUGGUGACGUAAAGCCCGCCGACCCUGACCAGGCUGUGGCUCCGACCUCCGCGGAGACCUUUCCCUACGAGCGCUUUUUCAACGAGCAGAUCAUGAAGAAGAAACGGGAUCACUCCUACAGGGUCUUCAAAAAGGUGAACCGCCUGGCUGGCGACGGGCUGUUUCCGCACGCGCUGGAGUACUCUGAGCGGUCGGAGAAACCCAUUACUGUGUGGUGCUCCAACGACUACUUGGGCAUGUCCGCCCAUCCGGGCGUUAAGCGGGCGGUGCAGGAGGCCCUUAACAUGCACGGAUCGGGGGCGGGAGGAACGAGGAACAUUUCUGGAAAUUCUCUCCACCACGAAAGGCUUGAACGGAAGCUGGCCGAGCUGCAUCAGAAGGAGGCCGCUCUGCUGUUCACGUCGUGCUUCGUGGCAAACGACUCAACGCUCUUUACGCUGGCAAAGCUCCUACCCGGCUGUCAGAUUUUCUCGGACGCUGGCAAUCACGCCUCCAUGAUAAUGGGCAUUCGGAAUAGUGGCGUGCCGAAGCACAUUUUUCGCCACAACGACGUCGAUCAUUUGCGCUCGCUGCUGAAGCAGGUGGACAAGAGCACCCCGAAGAUCGUAGCGUUUGAGACAGUACAUUCCAUGACAGGGGCUAUCUGCCCCCUUGAGGAGCUACUGGACGUGGCCCACGAAUACGGGGCUAUUACCUUUAUCGACGAAGUUCACGCCGUGGGAUUAUACGGGGACCAUGGCGCCGGAGUCGGAGAACGUGACGGUGUGCUGCACAAAAUGGACAUUAUAUCGGGUACCUUGGGCAAAGCGUUCGGUAACAUCGGCGGCUACAUUGCUGGGUCCGAUAAGCUCGUUGACAUGAUCCGAUCGUAUGCGGCUGGCUUCAUUUUUACCACUUCUCUUCCUCCCACCGUGUUGUGCGGAGCCCUGGAGGCUGUUAAUAUCCUGGCAUCGGAGGAGGGUCGUCAGCUGCGGCACAUGCACCAACGUAACGUCUCCUAUCUGAAGAACUUGCUGAAACGCGAAGGUUUUCCGGUCGAAGAUACCCCCAGUCACAUCAUUCCAAUCAAAAUCGGCGAUCCUCUGAAGAGCAGCCAAAUCUCAAACGUGCUAAUGGAACAUUUUGGACACUACCUGCAGUCGAUAAACUAUCCAACAGUUGCCCGCGGCGAAGAGAAACUCCGACUUGCCCCGACACCUUUCCAUACCUUUGAAAUGAUGAACGCUCUAGUUACCGAUCUGAAGAAGGUAUGGGAAAUGGUAGAUCUCUCGACCAACGUUCCGCUUUCGCCGACCGGCUGCAUGUUCUGCAAUUCGGAGAGCUGCUGGCAUCAGGACGCAUCCCCGGAUCUUGAAUGCGGAAUUCCCAAUUGUCCCCGCUUGGAAAUCUCUGUUGCCGCAUAAAUUCAUUCUCUUAACCAAGGCACGCAUCUUAACUGAAGCAUUCGAAAUAUUUACCUUUGCCUAAAAAUUAAUCUUGUGGUUUGUGGAAAUAAAUAAACAAUGGUAUUGGUGCAAUAAA